AUGAUUGACCCUGUGACUGCUCUUGGGCUCGCUGGGAAUAUCGUGGAAUUCAUCGACUUUUUUUGCAAAGUCCUCCAUGACACCAAAAGCCUCUAUGGGUCCCGCACUGGUGCAUCCGCCGAGAACGAUGUCAUUGAAGCCAUCUCCGUCGAUCUUAUAAAUCUCAAUAACGCCUUGGCUGCUCCUUCUGAGCCAGGAGCAAUACCAGAUUCGAUUAGAAGCCUGGCUAGUAACUGUAAAGGUGUUGCUGAAGAAAUUCUCGAAAUUCUUAACAAGAUUAAAGUCCACGGUGAUCACGGGAAAUGGAAGACCUUCGUUCAAGCCUUGCGAAGCGUGUGGAAGAAAGAACAGAUUGAAGAACUCGUCAAGCGCAUGGAGAAAUUGCGAAACGAAACGCAAUAUGGCUUGCAAUUAAUGCUCAGCGAGGGACAAUCGGAAAUACAGAUGAUGUUGGCAAGCCUUGUCGCCGAGAACAAAAGAUUAAAGCUAGAUGGAAUGCAACAGCUAGAGGGCCUAGUAAAGGGCGUCCACGAUGCGAUCUCUCAACUGCAAGCUGAGACAAAACGUCGUAACGAAACCGCACGAGAUGAGCCUAAGGCCGUCCAAAGAUUGAGCUCUGGUGAUGCCACGGAAAUGACACCAUCAUCACCAUCAUGGGAGGACAUGAAAGGACUGUCGAACGACAUUUUCAGCUUGGCCGAGGAGGUCAGAUCAUCGGCAUCUGAUAACAUGCUUCUCAACAGCCUUUGGUUCGACUACAUAAAGCAUCGGCAGGCAACUGUCGAGUCCGCCCAUGAAGAGACAUUCAGAUGGGUGCUGGACCCGUCUUCGCCAACAAAGUUCGACGACUGGGUACGAUCUCAGACCGGAAUAUACUGGAUCAUGGGCAAAGCUGGCUCAGGUAAAUCAACAUUGAUGAAGUUUCUGCUCAACCAUACCAAGACAGCAGAAUCAUUGAAAUCAUGGGCGGGGACUAAAGAACUCGUCACUGCGAGCUUCUUCUUCUGGAACUCGGGAUCUAGUAUGCAGAAGUCACAGGAAGGCUUGUUUCGUUCGCUACUGUAUGAGAUACUGAGUCAGUGUCCAGAUCUGACUCGCACCGUUUGCGCUUCCAAAGCAAAGACAUUUCGCCCUUUUGUGAGAGAAGUUGAGCCAUGGAGUCGGGAAGAACUUUGGCACGCAAUAGAGCAGCUUAAAGAACAAAGCGGGGUGAGAGCUAAAUUUUGCUUCUUUAUUGAUGGUCUUGACGAGUAUGACGGCGACCCUGAUCAUAUCGUAAGCGUCCUAGAAAGUCUUCGGAGCUGGCCAGAUAUCAAGCUCUGCAUCUCAAGUCGACCCUACAACGAAUUCAUAGACGCUUUCGGUCGAUCUUCCGAUCCACAGUUAACUCUCGAAGAUCUCACUCGCGAAGAUAUCAGAAUCUACGUUCGGAAUACUCUGGAAGAGAAUUUGCGUUUCAGAGCGCUAAAGGCCAGAGACGACCGCAGUCAGGACCUGGUCCAUGAGAUUGUAGAAAAAGCUCGAGGCGUGUUCCUCUGGGUUAUACUAGUGGUCAGAUCACUCCUCGCGGGUCUCAGGAAUGCCGAUAGAAUCUACGAUUUACAGAAGAGGCUCCAGGAAUUUCCAGAGACGCUUGAGAAAUACUUUGGCCACAUGAUUACUUCGGUCGAGCCUGUUUACCGAGAGCAGACUGCCCAAGCAUUUGAAUUUGCCCUCGAAACCGAACGACCACUCUCUUUGAUGAUGUACUCAUUCCUUGAUGAGGAAGAUCUUGACGCUGUUGCAGCUGCACCCUUCAAUCCUCUCACAACUGAAGAAAUCUCAUCCAGACAAGAUGACAUGCGCAGGCGGCUGAACGGUCGCUGUAAAGGACUACUGGAAGUGGUUAGCAGCGAGGUCGUGAACCUAUUCGGUCCCAGCACAUACACUUAUCGGUUCCACGCACCCAAGGUGGAGUUCCAUCACCGCACAGUCCGCGACUUUCUGCACACGAAAGACAUGCAGAACAUGCUUGUUGAGCACCUCAAGGCCGGAUUUGAGCCUAAGUUGCGUUUCUGCAAGGCAUUGCUUGCUCAACUGAAAGCGCUAGAUUAUAGCGUACUCAAAGACACCAACUGGCUCCCAAACGACCUCCUAGAAGACCUCACACACUACGCCAGUAAGCUUGAGUAUGAGAGUCAUGUUCCACAGUCCAACCUACUAGAUGAGGUAGGCCGAUGUGUUUCAAAGCAGGCAGGUCUCUUUAAGUGGAAGAGAGGCGGACUUGACUUCUUGGAGUUCUUAGCCCAGAGAAGGCUCCAUCUCUAUAUCACGGAAAUAUUGACAACUAGAAUAACACUGACGCAGUCAGACAAGAGCAUCCUCCUAGGUUCCGUUCUAGAAUCUCCGGCGACGAAGUACUUCGCAGCAAGCUACGAUCUGAAGAUGAUAGAUAUUCUUCUCCAGCAUGGCGCCAGACCCAACGAUAAGUACAAGGACUCUACGGUAUGGGGUAACUUCCUCCAAUCUUCCGUCAAGGGUCGGUUCGGUCCUACCGACGAUGAUAAUCUACCGGUCAUCGAAUCCCUACUUUCCCACGGCGCCAACCUACAACAGCGUAUCGUGACUGGACAGAAGACCCUGGCCAGGAAGAUGACAGGGAGAGCCGCUGAUCUGCACGUACGCCAGGAUGUUCAAGUUGAUGUUGCCCAGUCAGCUCAAAAGAUACUGUUGGAUCUGUUGGGAGAGGAAAAAACCUCAGAAGUGCUUAAAAAAGCACGAAAGAAUCAAAAGUCCAUUCCUUCCAGCUUGCAGUGGUGGUCGGGACGAUCCCUGCUUGCAUUCAUGCAGCGUCUCAAGAGAUAA